ACAAGGGAGACCCAGUCAAACGGUUCUGAACCGAGAAGCACCUCCGCGGACUUUGCUGGGAGGAUGACAACAUCGCUGGGAAACCGGGCAGCUGGGCCUCUCACAGACACCAGUGAAGAAGUGGAAGAUGUGAACCACCUGGGCAAGCCAAUUGCCCCAAGAAAUUGCUGUCCCCCACCAGGCAUCAGCGUCCUUGAGAAGCUCAUCAAGACAUGCCCGGUUUGGCUUCAGUUGAGCAUCAGCCAGGAAAAGGCUGUCCAAAUACUCUGCAAGGAGCCCGUAGGGAUAUUCAUGGUUCGGAAAGAUGAGAACCUGAAAAAUCUGCUUCUCUCAGUUCAUUUUCCAGCCCUGGUGGAGGCUUCUGACAUUUCAGAAUACAGGAUUAAAGAAGAAAAGUCAUUACUGUAUUUGGAAGGGUCCUUUCUCGUGUUUGAAGAUAUCUUCAAACUGAUUGCAUUCUACUGUGUCAGUAGAGAUUUGCUUCCCUCCACGCUAAAGCUGCCACAAGCGAUAUUGGAAGCCAAUAGUGUUACAGAUCUAGAAACCAUCUCUAGUCUGGAGAUAGGUUUCUGGGACUCCGCUUUAAAUCAAAGGCGGGGAGGGCAGUUCCCUCACUCUGUGAAAGGUCUUGCUUUUGCCACAGCUCAAGCGAAAAAGGAGGGGGAAACUACCCAGUGUUUUGCAAGCAGCACGGACAAUUGUUCAUGUGAAAUUGAGCUGUCAAUAGGAAAUGACAGGCUGUGGUUUGUAAAUCCUAUUUUUAUAGAGGAGAGAAGCAACCAGUUUCCCCCGGAUGUUCCUCUUCCUCCUCCACCUCCUUCUCCUUCUCCUCCUCCUCUAGAGACUUGCAGGAAAGAUCCUUCUUUUACCAGCAACACCGUGACAAGGCCUCCAAAGAGGUCUCCCAGCCGCCGGCCGCCGCCGCCACCACCACCACCUCCUCUGCCUCUUCAUGCUGUGAAGCAGCCUGAAAAGUCUCCCAUGACCACUUAUGAAGAGCUUCGGGAUCUGGAGAAAAACGAAAAGGAGAUGAAAACUGAAGUUAGCAAAAGCAAGGAAGAUGAUGGGCGGCCGUCUUUGUCUCUCAGCGAUUCUUUUACCACAAAGAAACGCAUCCCUCCUUCCAUUCCACCAAGGAGGUGCAUAUCCGAGAGAUAUUCUGGAAAGGGCUGCUUUGAAAAAUCUGAGAAAUGUCCAGCAGCAGUUGGAGAACUGGCGGAAAAACGGAGCAGUGGGAAUGAAGGUUGCAUUUCUUGUGCUGUUGACCCUCCAGAGGUGUUUGAAGAGGUUUCGGAGAAAGAUCCAGCAUCAUGUCAAGGGGAGAUGCCCAACAGCGAGGCCGAGAAACAGCUGGUGGCUGAGCUGCAGAAGAAGCCCUCAGAGAAGUCGGCAGCGCCUCCGAUCCCACCCCCAAGGAAGAAGAGGAUCUCUCGACAGGAGUCAUCCGCCAGCUCUUGCCAUUCAAAACCAGUAUGUGCUGAAGAGUCAGAAUUGCCACUUCCAAAAGGAAAGGGAAAGCCAGUAAAAAAAAGUUACUCUAAUGCAAAAAGGGAAUCAAAAUUUGCCCGUCAGCCUCUUAGCUUCUCAGAUCUUGAAAGUUCUCGUGACUCACUGGACAGUCCAGUAAGCAACGUGGGGGCUCAGACACCAGCCUCUGAGCCAGACUCCUAUUCCACCAGCAGCACUGAGGAUGAGCUAGAGCUGGUGACCAGCCCGUCGGUGAAGAAGACCCGUUCCAUGAUAUUAGGCAGGGCCAAGAACCGUCUGUCCAUGGUCAGCCUGAGCAAUGUCUUCACUGCUUUCCUGUCCGCUGACCGAAAGCUCCAGAAGAAGAUUGUGGAGCUAGCCCAGGACAAAGACUCUUACUUUGGCCGCUUGGUGCAGGACUAUAAAGUAUACAGCCUGGAGAUGAUGGCGAGGCAGAGCUCCAGCACUGAGAUGCUGCAAGAGAUCCGCUUAAUGAUGACCCAGCUGAAGAGCUACUUAGUACAAAGCAGGGAGAUAAAAACCUUCAUGGACCAGGCUGUUCACACGGAUGAGCAACUAGAGGUGAUUGUUGAGUCAGCUUUGCACAAGUGCGUCUUGAAGCCUUUAAAAGACGCCAUCAAUACCUAUCUAAGGGAAAUCCACAGCAAAGAUGGAUCCUUCAAGCUCCUGAAAGAAAACCAGCAAGUCAUACAAAACACAACUACCACUGACUUGGGAGUCACCACCAGUGUGCCUGAAUCCACAUUGCUGGAGAAAAUCCUGCACAAAUUCACAACCAUGCACAAGGCCUACUCUCCAGAGAAAAAGAUUAGCAUCCUACUGAAGUCCUGCAAACUCAUCUACGACUCUAUGACUCAGGGAAACCAAGGGAAACUUUACGGGGCAGAUGACUUCCUUCCAGUGCUCAUGUACGUACUCGCCCGCAGUGACCUGCCAGAGGUGCUUCUGAAUGUGGAGUACAUGAUGGAACUCAUGGACCCUGCACUGCAGCUGGGUGAAGGCUCGUACUAUUUAAUCACUACUUAUGGGGCGGUAGAGCUUAUCAAGAGCUAUGAUAAGAUCACAGUCACUCGGCAGCUGAGCUCAGAGGUCCAAGAUUCCAUUCACCGCUGGGAGAGAAGGAGGACACUCAACAAAGCCCGGGCUUCCCGAUCAUCUGUUCAGGAUUUCAUCACAAUCUCCUUUAUGGAGGCUGAGGAGAACACCAGGACGCUGGCCUACCGAACUGACUCAACAACGCACCAGCUGAGCCAGCAGUGCGCUGAGAAAUUCGAAGUCCCAGAGCCUCAGAACUAUGGGCUGUUUGUUCAGGUUGACGACAAGAACCUGCGGCUAGAUGGUGACGCCCACCCUCACCACAUCAAAUCCCACCUCCUGAGCAAAGAGCCCAAGCCGACUUUCCAUUUUAUUUAUAAGGAGAUAGGCGGAGAGGAGCUGCCAGUUCCCAUUAUCAAGGACCCAGAUGUUUUAUAACAGCAAAGCUGUUCUCUUGUAGAAGACUUGUUCAAACAGCCGUGGCGUUUUUCAUUUCAAAACUUCCUGAUUUCCACCAGGUCACAGGAGCACAGCCAAGUGCAUCUUCUGAGCAGAAUGGUGAUGGUCGAAAGCCUAUGCAAAUCUUCAUCUGGUGCAUUUCCUCAACAGAAUUCAUUUUCCACAGUAAAUUGAAUAUUCUAAGCAGCUUUCACUCUUGAAGGAGGGUGGGGGACUUGAACAAUUCAGAACCUUAAAACGUGAGCAAAUGAUGUGACAGCUGCCCUGGUACAAAGUAGGUAGGUUUGUGGUUAUGGGCAAAUGGCAAUAUAUAAGUCCAUCCAGUUAUCAAAUCAACAGUAUUGUCAGAGAAGGUCCACCAAAGAAAAUUCAAAUAGUCCUCCCUGUAGUAGUAAAAAAAAGAUAAUAAAGUGAA